AUGUUGCAUUCUCCACUUUCAAAUCCUUUUCCAAACAAUUGUUCCACGACUAGCACAUCGGAAUGUAAUGAAUGUUUUAAACCAGAUCUUACUGUUCUGCAGUCUGCAAUACCACUCCUUACAAAGCCAUUACUAGCGAUUGCAGGCUUCUCAAAUACAAAUGAUAUUCCAGGGUCUGCGCCCACAUCAUUUUCUAUCCAACCAGCAUCACGAGUGCAAGCUCAUCAGCAAAAUUUAACAUUCGGAAAUGCAAACAGCCCUAACUUAUCAGGAUCGUCCUCAUUAUCAUCAUCUUUAGUUUCUCUGCAUUCCGCCCCCAACAGUUGUGUAACUAAUCAACAAAUUUCGACAUCUCCCGCAUCUGUACACUCAAACCAUGUUUCCUCUGGCUCCAGAGACUCACGGUGGCUUAAGCUGCGUGUAUGUACAUCAGUUUUGGGAAUAUCUAACUCACCUUUGCAAAAUAAUACUAUCAGAUCUGAGAAAGAGCCUAUGGACAUUGAAAAUAAAUGUUCUAUAAACUGUCAAAAUGAAAAUGAAUCAAGCUUUCAUUGCUGUGUUUUGGGAAGUACAUGUCCUUACGCCCACCCACCUGUAACUGUCCGAGUAGAAAAUGGCUAUGUAACAGUAUGUUACGACUUCAUUAAAAGGAAACUCUGCAAGUUUUCUCACUGUAAAUAUUAUCACCCCCCGCCACACCAAAUCGAAGCUAUUAUUAAACGUGGCGAUGAACAAAGGAAACUAUUGGAAAAUCAACAACGUUUGUCUGAGUUAAGAACUUCCAAUCUCAUUUCAAUGCAACCGCUGCAGCAGACGCUACCGACUGGUUUACCCAUUCUCAGUUCAGUAGCUAGUUGCCCUUCAAGUCUUAGAUGGCCACCUACUACAUUACUCCAGUCAACUGUUGGAGGAUCAGUUCAUGGAACAUAUCUAACUCCUCUAAAUUCUGUACCUGAUCCGACAUCUCUUAGUGCAUCAGCAUUAUUAGCAGCAGCAGCUGUCUUACAACAGGCAAAUCAAGUUGCCAGUGUAUUACCAACAUCAUCUACACUAUCUUCAUGCUCAAUAUUUCCUCAUGAUUCGGUUAUUUCAAAGUCAACAAUCAAUAAUGAUACGUCCUCAUCAGUUGAUUCUGAGAAAUGGUUACCUACAAAACGAGCAAAUUUGUCUACCUCAUCUUCAUUAGACGGAACAAGUCAAAAUAAAGAAUCAACUGUCGUAUGUAACGGUGACGAAAAACUGGAAAGGUCUUGCCAAAAUGGUGAAACAAAAUGUCAUAUGCCUGAUUCUGGGGCUUCGUUUCCUGUUAUUUUCACUUGUGGGUCUUUCAGUCCUGGGUUUACCCCAAUAAAUUCUUGUACAGAUAUAGGAACAUCUCAUGUUAAUCCUGAGGUAACGAAUAUGCUAAAUCCGUUGAGUAUGAGUAUUUAUGGUCUUCCGUUUUCUUCACAACCUGCUGCAUCACUUUACACUCCAUCACAAUUCAUAUAUCCACCGUUAUAUUCCAUGAACAAUGGUUGUGACGCGUCUAAUCCAAUAACUUCAGCAGCUGCAGCAUUAGCGCUAAAUAACUUUUUAAUACAACAGCAACAACAACUGCAGUCUCAUCAGUUGUUACGAACUCAGUUGUCGACAGUAUCAAAUCAACAGUUAUCUGGGUCUGGCUUGUAUUCAUCAUAUUUACCAUCUUCUACCUUAGCGACCGCCACAGCUUUAGCAGCAGCCCAUCAACCUCCAGCUCAUGAUGUUCAUGCAAACGCUUCGAAUAAUACUUUUCAACACCAGCAACAAGCUCUGUUGUUGUCACUUAUCCUUCGAAGUCAACAAACUCAUCUAGCUGCUGCACAAGUGGCAGCAGCGGGCUAUUUGUCACAAAACGACACUUCACGAUUACCACCGAUCCCCAAUCUUCAAAAUCAUGGCUGCGUUCUGGAUUCAUCAUGUCCGGUUCCAGGUGCAUUAGGACAUCUUUCGUCUGGACUAUAUGGAACCAGCUUUUGUUCACAGAAUCCAAUGACCAAUGUGGCUUACAUUAAUGAAAAAGGCCAUUUGUUGGAAACGUUGCCAAUAUGUCGUGAUUUUAAAGCUGGCAAAUGUCGUCGUAACUCAGAAUGCCGUUACGUUCAUCUAGUUGACGAAAAUGUGGAAGUUAAUCAAGGACGUGUGACUGUAUGUCGCGAUGCUGCUAAAGGUCGAUGCACACGUAUACCAUGUAAGUAUUACCACAUUCCUUUGUUCGCCAUUUCGGCUAAUCGAAGUAUGGCAUUGAAUUCCGCUCUGGCCAGUGUCACAGGAUUUCCUACUAUCUCCACACUUUAG